ACUCGCACUCAUUAUACGCAGCACUACUAAAUUCACGAGUACUGCGAGUGUCGAGAAUCGGAAACUGAACUCUGCAUUGUGCCCACAGUCAGAGUUCUCUCUGCCACAGUGCAAUAAGUUGAAGUGAAAUAGAUAUACGUUUGUUUCACUUCAACUGCACUGUCUGAACUGGUGCAGACAGUGCAGGCAAAAAGAACAAGCCUCUAGUCUUCUUGGUUACGGACAUGGUGAAAUUCUUUACUCUAUGGUUACGGACGCGUUUCGGUUCGGGUGCUUUCCAAUUUCCAUUGUAUAUUUUUGAAAGUGUUGCCGACUUUGAUUGCGCAUCGCACCAUACAGAUGUGUGUCCGCGGAUGAGCUCGUCUCGAUUGUUCGUCAUUUGCACUUUUUGACGACUCAUAACGCGCAUUAUUGGCAGGCUCCCGGAGACCGGUCGAGCAACGCCAUUUUCGCGGUCAUUGCAUCACCCGUUCGUUUCCACUUUUUUGUACGGUUUACUUAUUAUACGGUUUCCCUUAAGACGUGAUCUGGCCGUAUCGUCAUAUUAAAUUCUCUGGAGGCGAGAGAGCCAUUAAUUAAAUAAGAAAAAGAAGAUACACAAAUCAUCUUCAGCAUGUCCUUGACAAACUUGUUACCUGCCCCCACUCAAGUGGUGUGGGAUAGGGAGGAUGAGGCUCGCGAACAAAAAUUACGCCAAAGACCGGUUUCAGCGCUGGUUAAAGCCGUUGUUACGGCACCACCUUAUGGACAGCGACGAGGUUGGGUACCACGCAAUCCAGAAGACUUUGGAGAUGGAGGAGCUUUUCCCGAAAUUCAUGUGGCACAGUAUCCACUUGGAAUGGGGAUGAAGGGCAAGGAAUCUACAAGCAAUGCCUUAGCAAUACAACUCAACGCUCAGGGAAAAGUAAAGUAUGAUCUUAUAGCAAGACAGGGUCAUAGCAAAGAUAAAAUUGUCUAUAGCAAGUUGAGUGAUUUACUACCGUCAGAAAUUACAAAUGAGGAAGAUCCUACCUUGCAACGACCUCUGGAUGAUGAAAUUGAUGAACUCACAGAUAAAACAAAAAAAGCGUUAGAAAAGAUAACGAGAUCAAAAAUUACAGCAGCUAUGCCUGUAAGAUGCGCAGAGAAACAAGCUCCGGCUCAGUAUAUACGUUAUACACCGUCCCAACAAGGACAGCCAUUUAACUCAGGUGCAAAACAGAGGGUGAUCAGAAUGGUAGAGGCACAAGUUGAUCCUCUGGAACCACCAAAAUUCAAAAUUAAUAAAAAGAUUCCGCGAGGACCUCCAUCUCCUCCAGCGCCUGUUAUGCAUUCUCCCACGAGAAAAGUAACGGUGAAGGAACAAAAAGAAUGGAAAAUUCCACCAUGCAUAAGCAACUGGAAAAAUGCAAAAGGUUACACCAUUCCCUUAGACAAACGUCUCGCUGCAGACGGUCGAGGGCUACAACAGGUUCAUAUUAAUGAGAAUUUUGCCAAGUUGGCAGAAGCUCUUUACAUCGCGGACAGAAAAGCUCGGCAAGCUGUCGAAAUGCGAGCGCAAUUAGAAAAGAAAUUGGCUCAAAAAGAGAAAGAGAAGAAGGAAGAUCAUUUGAGGCAACUCGCGCAAAAAGCUCGAGAAGAGCGCGCUGGCUUGAAAUCUGCAGCAACGUUAGAUAAAUCUGAAGAAUCACGUGAGAGAGAUCAACUUAGACAAGAACGGCACAAGGAUCGCGCUCGCGAACGUAAUUUAGCUCGCGCUGCACCUGAUAAACGUUCUCGUUUGCAACGCGAACGCGAGCGCGACAUUAGCGAACAAAUUGCACUCGGUUUACCAGCAAAAAGCGUUCCUAAUACGGGAGAAGCGCAGUUUGAUCAACGUCUUUUUAAUACCAGCAAAGGGAUGGAUAGCGGUUACGGACAUGACGACGAGUAUAAUGUCUACGAUAAGCCGUGGAGGGAUGGCAAUUCUAUUGCUUCGCACGUUUACCGUCCUAGCAAAAAUAUUGACAAAGACACGUAUGGAGACGAUUUGGAGAAAUUGAUUAAAACAAACAGGUGA